AUGUCAUCUCCAGUCACAAAGAAGAAGUGUGGUGUCCUCGGAGCGACUGGUUCCGUAGGUCAGCGAUUCCUCCUGCUCCUCGCAGAUCACCCGUUCCUCAUGCUACAUAAGGUUGGAGCUUCAUCUCGCUCGACUGGCAAGAAGUACAAAGACGCAGUCGUAUGGAAGCAAGUGAUUCCCAUUUCGAAAAAUCUGGGCGAACUUGUUGUCCAAGCCUGCAAAGCUACGGAGUUUAGCGAUUGUGACCUGGUCUUCUCCGGUUUGGACAGCGAUGUUGCUGGUGACGUCGAGAUGGAAUUUAUCAAGGCUGAAAUCCCGAUUUUCUCGAACGCAAAGAACUACCGCAAGCAUCCGCUUGUGCCGCUUGUAGUUCCAACCGUUAAUCCGUCGCACCUGGAAAUGAUUCCACACCAGCGCAAGGAGUUUAAUUUAAAGAAAGGUUUCAUAAUAUGCAACUCAAACUGUGCAGUGAUCGGUAUCGUCAUCCCGCUCGCCGCUCUGCAAUCCAAAUUUGGUCCGGUUGAGGAAGUCGAAGUUUUUACCGAACAGGCCAUCUCAGGAUCUGGCUACCCUGGCGUCCCUUCUAUGGAUAUUUUGGAUAAUGUAAUCCCGUUUAUUAGCGGUGAGGAAAAUAAGCUCGAGAACGAGGCACAGAAGAUCCUCGGUUCUCUAAACAGUGAAGCCAACUCGUUCCGGGAGCAGAGUGGUCUGCGAGUUGGUGCUACUUGUACCCGUGUUGGGGUUACAGACGGCCACAUGGUAUUUGUGUCACUACGCUUCGAGAACCGACCACCACCAUCUGCCGAGCAAGUGAAGAAUAUCUUACGAGAGCACCAGUCCGAGGCCCAGAGACUGGGUGCUCACUCGGCCCCAGAGAAGGAAAUCAUAGUCUUCGAUGAGCCUGAUCGACCACAGCCGAGGCUGGACCGCAAUAUAUCUAACGGCUACACAGUUAGCGUUGGCCGAGUUCGAGAUGGUGCGCAGGGUGGCCACUUUGAUAUCCGUUUCGCUUGCCUCUCACAUAACACGGUCAUUGGUGCCGCGGGUUCGUCUAUCCUGAAUGCCGAAAUUGCCGCCAUCAAGGGAUACCUGUGA